AAAGAGAGAUAGAAGUGGUUGAGAAAAUUUCUUUAUCCGAAGUUGUUGAUUAUGUCACCAGCAAAGCUGCUAAUCUUGAGCACGAUAAUAUACUAUCCUUCGAUCUUUGCGUUGAGCUUGAUGAUGUAUUGAUUGCUACACAUGAUGCAAAAAAUACGGUAAAAUUAAUAGUGAACGAGAUCGAGGGAUUUGAUGGAUAUGAUUGGGUAUUCACAACUGGACCUGAAAUAUCAUUACGCCAUCAUGAA